AUGGCGGAAGAAGACCGACCCACCGAGACGACCUCGCUCUUCCCGGCUUACGUACACCGCCAACCGCCGCAAGCUCUCCCCGGGGACCCCAAUAGAACCGCCGCGGCGCCUGAAUGGCUUCAAAGCACCAGCUUCACCGCUGACCUCUCCGUCAUAAACGACGCCGUCGCCAAGUACAAUCUCCCGGAUGUCGAACAGCAAGAAGAAGAAGAGGAAGAUAAAGAUGAAGAGCUUAAUGCCGAUAAACGGCCGCCGAAGUACGACAUGGUGCCGUCUUCUUCGUCGGAUGCAAGCGCUUCUUCUUCCGGCGAAGAGCGUCGGAAGAGGAAGAGAAAGAAGAAGAGGAGGGGAAAGGAAGAACCUAGUGGCUCGCGAUCAUCAUACAGCUUUUCUGCAACUAUCUCAUCUUCUUCGAGAAAAACAGGUGUUGCGAAAUGGGCUUCGCCUUUGUCUACUCCGAACGAGAAGGGCUAUUACUUUGAUUCUCGUGGGGAUCGAGAUAAUUUGGCAUUUGUUGAUCAUUCAAGUGGACAGAGGUUUCUAAAUGUGAAAAUGGCCUUGUAUUCAUUGUGCUGUAACUUGAAGUUUGUGUACAUGAUGAACUUCAGGAUGGAUGUUGCACGAUACAAGCUUUACGGUUCCGAGAAAUUUUCAAACCUCAACCAGUUUCGGGGGAAUAAGGGGGCCAGCCAUUUGGAGGGGGAUAUUGAUAUAGACGCACUAGAUACAAAACUUAGGUCCGGUGGUCGUUAUUGGUCUGCAAAAUAUGCUGCUAUUGAACGGCAUAAGAACUUGAAACGAGUACGAGUUCUUGCUCCCAUCAAGCCUGUGAGGAGUUCCGAUGCUGAAUACAUUCCCUUACUUGCUGAGGAUUCUGAUAAUGCUCCAGCUUCGAGUGAGAAAGUAGUUGAAGAGUCCUGGGAAGACGAAGUCCUGAGAAAAACAAAGGAGUUCAAUAAAUUGACCAGGGAACGUCCUCGUGAUCAAAGUGUUUGGCUGGCAUUUGCCGAGUUUCAAGACAAGGUAGCUGGUAUGCAGCCUCAUAAAGGUGCUCGUUUGCAGACGCUCGAGAAGAAGAUCAGUAUUCUGGAGAAGGCAACCGAGAUUAAUCCGGAUAGUGAAGAUUUGAUUCUCUCUCUUAUGAAUGCUUAUCGGAGGAGGGACAGUACUGAUGUUAUGAUAAGGAGAUGGGAGAAGAUACUGACUUCCAAUUCUGGGAGUUGCAAGCUGUGGAGGGAAUUUUUGCAGGUUAUUCAGGGUGAAUUUUCCAGAUUCAAAGUCUCUGAAAUGAGGAAAAUGUACGCAAAUGCAAUCCAAGCAUUGGCUGGUGCUUGCAUAAAGCAGCAUAGGCAGGCUCAACAAUCUGGCAGUGCAGUUCCUGUUGAUCAGGCAACUGUUCUAUUAGAACUCGGUUUGGUUGAUAUUUUUCUCUCUCUUUGCCGCCUUGAGUGGCAAGCAGGUUUUCAAGAGUUGGCCACUGCCUUGUUUCAGGCAGAGAUAGAAUACAGUCUGUUUUGCCCUUUGGUUACUUCCGAGCAAAGCAAGCUAAGGCUGUUUGAGCACUUUUGGGGUAGUAAUGGUGCCAGAAUCGGAGAAGAUGGAGCCCUUGGAUGGUCAACAUGGCUGGAGAAAGAGGAAGAAGAGAGGCAAAGGCUUAUUAACGAGGAGACCUCGAGUACUGUUGAUGAAGGUGGUUGGACAGGUUGGUUUGAACCCCCAUCUAAAACCGAAGCAACUGAAAUGCCAGAAGAUACUGCUGUGAAAGAUGUGGUUGGCGAGGAACUUGAUGAUGAUGGGUCUGGCGCAAAUGAUGUUGAGGUGAAGGAUGACAUUGAAUCUCUGCUUAAAGCACUAGGGAUCGAUGUUGCUGCUGAAGGUGAUAUCAAGAUAAAAGAUACAGAAACAUGGAGUAAAUGGUCAAAGGCAGAGAUGGAUAGAGACUUUGAUCAGUGGAUGCCUCUUCGUGCAAAUACUGACCGGGUUUCUCAGGAUGACGACACUGUGGCUGCAGAAGAUGACGAGCAUCUGUUGAGAGUAAUUUUAUAUGAAGAUGUGAGUGAUUACCUGUUCUCACUGAAUUCUGAGGAAGCUCGAUUAUCUCUGGUAUCCCAGUUCACAGAUUUCUAUGAAGGGAGAAUAGCUCAAUGGACCUGCACAAACAGUUCAAGUUGGGUCCAGAAGACACUUGGUUUAGACAGUCUUUCUUGUUCUCUUGUGGAGGACCUGAGAGAAAUGCACGAAUUUCUGACUAAUAAGCUGGCAAAUCCGCGAAGUGUGAGUUUGGAGCUUCUUUUAAACAACAGCUCAGAUGACACAAAUAUGAAGAGCGGCAUGAUGAGAUUUCUCCGGAAUGCCAUAUUACUUUGCUUAAAAGCAUUUCCACGAAAUUACAUCUUGGAGAGAGCUGCUCUUGUUGCUGAAGAGCUAACAAAUACCAGGAUGAAUAUUACAAGCUGUUCUGUGACCCCUUGCCGAACUUUGGCAAAGACACUUUUGAAAAAUAAUCGGCAGGAUGUACUUCUAUGUGGGAUUUAUGCUCAGAGAGAAGCAUUCUUCGGGAAUAUUGAUCAUUCCAGGAAGGUUUUUGAUAUGGCCUUGUCAUCUAUUGAUGGGCUUCCUCAGGAUGUCAGGCCAAAUGUGUCUCUUUUAUAUUUCUGGUAUGCAGAAGUGGAGCUUGCGAAUAACUCCUCGGAAAAUUCUGAAUCCUCUGUACGUGCUAUGCAUAUAUUGUCUUGCUUCGGUAGUGGCUCAAGAUACACUCCAUUCAAAGGUCAACCGUCAAGUCUGCAAAAACUUAGAGCCCGUCAGGGGUUCAAAGAUCGUAUUAAAACUCUAAGCUCAAUAUGGGUACGUGGUGCAAUUGAUGAUAGUUCGGCUGCUCUCAUAUGUUCGGCAGCAUUAUUCGAAGAGUUGACUCAUGGAUGGGCUUCCGCCUUGGAAAUUCUGGAAACUUCUUUUACUAUGGUGCUUCCAGAGAUGAGGCGGCAGAGUAGGCAACUUGAAUUUUUAUUCAGCUAUUAUGUGGGGUUGCUUUACAAAAAUCGCGCGGAGCUCAAGAUUACAAAAGUAUGGGAAGUUGUUGUAAAAGGGUUGCAGAUAUAUCCUUUCAAUCCACAGUUGCACAAGGCUUUGGUUGAAAUAAGCCAUCUUCACACUUCGCCCAAUAAACUGCGCUGGACUCUCGAUGAUCAGUAUCAAAAGAAACCAUCUGUCAUCACAUUGCUGUACGCAUUGACGUUUGAAUUGAGCACCGGGGGAUCACAGCACAGAAUACGUGGGCUUUUCGAAAGGGCUUUAGAGGAUGAUAAAUUUCACAAGUCGGUAAUUCUUUGGCGUUGCUUCAUCGAAUUCGAGAGGAGUGUGGCUAGCAAUAUUACUGCAGCCAAAAGAGUGUUUUUUCGAGCAAUACAUGCGUGCCCAUGGUCUAAAAAGCUAUGGCUGGAUGGUUUUCUGAAGCUCGACUCUGUAUUGACCGUGAAGGAGUUGUCAGAUCUUCAAGAGGUCAUGCGAGAUAAGGAACUGAACCUGAGGACUGAUAUAUACGAGAUCUUAUUACAGGAUGAGAUGGACACUUAAAACAAAAUCGGUCUAAGAAUGCCUGUGUUCGGUUGGGAUUUUCGGGUUCAAAAUUUACUGCUUGCCUUGUUGAGGCAUUGUGGGAACCUUUCCGAAUUCUGUUUACUAUAUGUAGGUGUACUCUGUAAACACAAAGCAAUUAGAGAGUACAAUACUGUUGUAUUUCAUGUCUGCAUUUUUCUUGUUUUUCAUAUUUCAUAUUUUUUAGCUCUUUUUUCUAAUACACCAAUUUUCGUUCCUUCAUCAGUACAUAAUAUAAGCUGCAUGUAUGAGAAUAAUAAACUAUGUUUCUUUUUUCAUGUAUGCAUCAUUCCAUACAUUAAGUGCAUACAACAUAUACAUACGGUUAUCCCAGUUAGAUUAUCUGCAUAAACAAGCUAAAUUUGCAGUACAAACUAUUGGAAAUUUCCUGUUGCUUAAGUUCUGAUGUUGUAAAUGUUUGUCUGAUUUCGAGGGAUUAAGAAUUCG